AAAAGAUGGAAGCCGCACAAGAUUUGUUCGGAAAUAUUAAAAUUCCUAUUGACAAUGGUAAUGGAGGAGUUAUUAAUCUUAACUCAAUCAUUGAGGUUUCUGAGUUUAAAUAAAGUAAUGAAAAUUCUGCAGAAUGAGAUGUCAAAAACCAACAGCCUCGAUUGCCUCAAGAAGUACUUUGAUAUAUGGACUGAAAUAGCCCUUGAGUUUCAUAAGUUAGAGUCCAGAACCCCACCCGGAAAUUCAUUGGAAGACCCUGUAUUAGUCCAGAUCCUUAAGGAGCAGGUUGAAUUUGCCAGACAGUAUAGAACAAGGAUCAAUUUAUAUAAGGAGCCAGAAUUUCAGAGUAAAAUAUCUUCUGUUUCUCAAAAGAGUCAGAUCUCUUGCUACAAUAAGUUGGCUGGAUAUUACCUCAAAAAGGCAGAAACUGAGAGAGAAGAGAACAGAGAUGGCUUAAUCAUGGAAGCUAAUAACUAUAUCAAUAAGGCAACUGAGCUUUCAUACCAAGAGACUUCUACUAGCUUUAGUAGAGGAUAUUGCAGUUUGAUCUCUGGACAACUCUCUCAAGCUGAAAGAGAAUUUGAUCAUGUUAUUCGUAUGAGUAAAGAUGAUAUUCCUUCUCUUCUUGGAAAAGCAAGUGUUUUAUUUAAUAAGGAGAAAUAUCACCAAGCUUUGGGUUAUUACAAGAAGGUUAUCAAUAUCAACCCAUUGGUGCCUCUAAAUGUAUAUAAUACUUGAGCUUUACUACUAAUUUUAGGUGCUGAUAAAAUGUUCAUAAGCAAAACACAGAGUCCAGGCACUUCCUUUAUGUCGUACAAUCUUGAAGCUCUGAAGGAAGCUAGAGAGGUAUACCAACAAGUACUUGAAAGAGAUCCUAGCAACCAAGGCGCUUUAAUCGGCCUAAUCAUGACAGAUACAGCCAAUGAGGAUGAGUACUUUGAAAAUAUAGCUAAAAGUUUCAAAGCUAACCAGAACAACCCUGGAAUUCUUCUAUCUCUUGGGGAAAUAUUUCUGAGGAAAGGAGAUCUUGAUAGAGCAGAAAAUGUAGCUAACAGAGCUCUAGAAAUCAUCGACAGCACUUCGAAUAAAAAUGACACCAAAAAAGAGAUUAGAGUGCUAAAGUCUAACUUACUAGUUUUAGUUGGAAAGAUCCUUCACUCAAAGAAGGAUUACAAGAAAGCAUUCAAAUUCUAUGGAGAUGCAGUGAGUGCACAGGAAAAUAACCCAAUCGCAUUACAUUAUUUUGGGACGAUGCAUCUACAUCUGAGAAAUUAUAAAGAUGCUGAGAAGAACUUUGAGAAAGUUCUGGAUCUUACUGAAAUUCAAAAGGAAAAGCAACCUUUGAAUAUAGAAACUAUGAAAAUUCUUGCCCAAACUAAGGCAAGGAUGAUGAAACGUGAUGAAGCAGUUAAGCUGCUAAACACUGUUUUGGAGAAUGAUAGAAAUGAUACUGAGUCAUAUCUUCUCUCAGCAUAUCUUAAUGAACAAAAGGAUUACUGAAAGGCACUUACAUGCUAUUUAAGAGCUAUGGAGCUACUAGAGAAGGACUUUGAGAUCCUUAGAGCAUCUAAAGAUGUCAAGGAUCUUAAAGAGGAAGACUACAUUGACCCGAUAUAUUAUAACAACAUUGCUGUUUUAUAUAUGAAGAUUGAGCAAGCUGAGGAUGCAAGAAAUGCUCUGAACAAAGCUAGAGGAACUCUGAAAGCAAUAAGGGAAUUAAACCCUGAUGAUCUUAGGCUCAAAUCUAUCUCACUUGUAUUGAGCUUUAAUGAAGCCUGCCACUACGAAGCUAUUGGAGAAAUAGGAAGAGCUACUAAUAUUUACAAGCAAAUAAUUGAACAAGAGCCUUCUUAUAUCGAUGCUUAUCUUAGACUUGGAAUCCUUGCCAAGCAGAGAGGAGAUACUACUAAAGCAGUCAAGUAUGGUGAGAAAGCUGUCAGCCAACAGCCUGACAAAAAGCCAGUCAUACCUUACUGUGUCCUUGGUAACUUCUAUAUGGAGAAUGAGCAAUAUGUGAAGGCAGAUAGAGAGUUUAGAAAUGCUAUUGGAAAGAAUCCAAUGGAUGCUUAUGCUUAUAUUUCUACUGGAAAUAUCUUCUAUAACUCUUCGUGUAGAUAUAGGGAUAAUCCAAAGAAGCAGGAGGAUAAGCUCAGAGAAGCCCUCAGAAAAUAUCUCAAAGCUCUUGAGUAUGAUGAUUCCAACGCUUAUGCAGCCAACUGUGUUGGUAAUAUCAUUGGAGAGUACGGCAUGAUUGAUGAGGCGGUAGAGAUUUAUAAGGUAGUCGGAGAGAAUCAUCCAGAAAUCCCCCAUAGCAUGAUCAACACUGGUCAUAUCCUUGCAUCUCAAGGAAGAAUUCCAAAUGCCUUAAAAUUGUAUGAAAAAGCUUUAGAAAAAUUUUAUAACGGAAGAAAUGACAAAAUAGAGUCGUGGAUCGCUAAGUUACAUUAUCUCUCAAAAUCUUACGAUGAAUGUGAGAAAAUCUUAAAAACAAUGGUGCAAAGGAACCCUCAUGACAUAAUCCCAAGAUUCAACCUUGCCUUAUGCCUGCAGUCUAAAUCAAUAGACAUCCUUAACAAGGACUUUAGAGAGGUAAAGGAGACCAGAAAGACAAUUCAAAAUCUUGAACUAGCGAAGAAGAUUUUCUCCGGUAUAAUCAACUUGCAACAAAAGAUGAGGAAGUUGCUUCCCUCAAAUUGUAGGGAGGAAAAACUAGCUCAUCACAAAACUGCGCAUUCUCGUAUCCUUAAAAUCGCUGAUGAAAGAGUUCUCUUCAUCACUCAUACCCUAAAGAACCCGUAUCUCCAGCACGACAUUGCUCAGGAACAAAAGGCUAAGAAGAUCUUUGAAGAAAACCAGAGAAAAAUCCGAGAAAUUGAAGAAGCCGAGAGACUCAAGCUUGAAGAAGAGAACCAGAAAAAGCGGGAAUUCCAACAAGCCAGAGAAUCCAAGGCUGAAGAACAAGAUAAAAUUUAUGAGCAGCUUGCGAAGGAAUGGGCUGAAGAAGAAGCCAAGAAAAAGGAAGAGGAGAAAUUCAAGGAGAAAAAGUCUAAAAGAGAAAAGAAAGCGAAGAAGAAAGAGAAAGACGAUGACUUCAUUUCCCGCUCUGACCAAGAAAGCGAUAAAGAUUACAACGCACAGGAAGAUCUGAUGAGACGACAACUGAGAAGCGAGGAAGAGCUUAAAGAAGCAGGCCUCACACGUGAAGAAGCUGAAAAUUUAGGAUCAGGAGGUCUGGCUGAUUUACAAAAAGCCCAUAAGAAAAAGAAGAGCAAGAAGGAGAAAAGGAAGAAAGAUAAGAAAAAGAAGGAGAAAAAGAGUAAGAAAAAUAGGCUUAAGAGAAAUAAACCUGCUGAUGAUGAGAUUUUCGGAGAUGAAGGAGGACUUGAGCCUAAUUUGGCUGAUGAAGGUGAAGGAACUAAGAGACAGAAGUUUGAUGAUGAGUAAUAUGCAAUAAUUUCAGUAUCCUCC